UGUGUCGAUAAAGUUUAUUCAAAGUCUCGCUGCUGCAGCAAUGGCGGCUCCCAUGUCCUGGAGGAGGCUGGUGUACUCCGUGUACACACCGGCCGUUGCCGGGGUUUUUACCCGAAUAUCUGACCGACUCUUCCGUGCACGGGACAGAAGAGGAGGGUCCUCGGUGCUGCUGCUGGCCCCCCUCCUGGCUGAAGCCGACCCGGCCCCCCGACGUGUCUCCAGGCCCACCGGGUCAGCCGGAGCUCAGGGCACAGAAGGCCUCUGCGCCCACUUCCGAUGGAUGGCGGAGCAUGUACCCGCCUUCCGGGUGCCAGGAACCCACAUCCACAUUCUCACCUCACCUGACCAGUUCUACCAGGCCAUGAAGGCACGUAUCAAGACUGCGAAGACGCGAGUGGUGAUGGCCUCGUUGUAUCUGGGAACAGGUCAGCUGGAGCAGGAACUGGUGGACUGUAUGGAGGAAGCUCUACAACGCUCGCAGGAAAACAGUCCUGACCUAAAAGUCUCCAUAUUGCUGGACUACACACGUGGCUCACGAGGACAGAUUAACUCGAGGACCAUGCUGCUGCCGUUGCUGCAGCGCUUCACCUCUCAGAUGCGGGUGUCUCUGUACCACACUCCAGACCUGAGGGGGCUGCUGCGGCUGCUGGUCCCUCAGCGCUUCAACGAGACCAUCGGAGUCCAGCACAUCAAAGUCUACCUGUUUGACGACAGCAUUAUCAUCAGCGGGGCCAACCUGAGCGACUCGUACUUCACCAACAGACAGGACCGCUACGUGCUGCUGGAGAACUGCAGGGAGGUCGCCGACUUCUUCUCUGACCUGGUGGAAGCCGUGGGAGAUGUUUCCCUGCAGCUUCAGCCAGAUGACUCGGUCACCAUGCUGGAGGGCAUGGUGCACCCAUACAAAGGCAACAGGCAGGACUUCUCGGCGGUGGCGAGGAAGCGGAUCAUGGAGGUUGUGAACACAGCCCACAUGAGGCAGCGGCUGUUGAACGGCUCGGAGGACUCUGAGGACGAGGGGAUGAACGAGGGGGAGGAAGACACCUGGGUGUUUCCUCUGGUCCAGAUGAAACCUCUGGGGAUCCACGUGGACGAGCAGGUCACACAGCGCCUGCUGACAGAUGCCGGGCCAGACUCCACUGUGUUUCUAACAUCGGGUUACUUUAACCUGACCCAGGCGUACAUGCGGCUGGUGCUCGGGGCUGGAGCCAGGUACCGCAUCCUCACCGCCUCCCCCGAGGUCAACGGGUUCUUCGGAGCCAAGGGAGUCGCCGGAGCGAUCCCUGCAGCUUACAUCCACAUCGCCAAACAGUUUUACAACCAGGUGUGCCAGCUGGGCCAGCAGGAGAGAGUACACCUGCAUGAGUACCACAGAUCACAGUGGACCUUCCACGCUAAAGGUCUGUGGUAUUACCUCCAGGGGCAGGAUCGGCCUUGCCUCACUCUAAUUGGCUCCCCUAAUUUUGGUUACCGCUCAGUUCACCGUGACCUGGAGGCCCAAAUCGCCAUAGUAACGGAAAACGAGGAACUGCAGAGCCACCUGCAGGAGGAGCAGGAGAUGUUGUACCAGCGCUCCACUGAGGUGUCCGGAUCUACGUUUGAGCGGCCGGACCGCCACGUCAAGCUGUGGGUGAAACUAGUCACUCCCCUCAUCAAGAAUUUCUUCUGAGAUGCCACCAGGAGGCUGGUGGCUUCGGUCUUCUUCGGUCCUGGUGGUUGAAGGUCUCGGUGGAGGUCGGCUCGCCCCUGCAGACGGGACAGUCGGACACACUGAGUGUCAGCGGGAUGCUGGGAGUCUUCAGCGUCACUUCAGCUUUAACCUUCAUCAGUGUGUGCCAGGAAGUGACUCUCUCACUCACACACACACGCACACACAGGAGCAGAUGUAUGUGAUGCAUUCAGGGGGUAAAUCUUCUUAUUUUAUUUCUAUUUAAGAUCCUGUGGUUUACCUGAUAUGUUACUCUGUUAGAUAAUUUAUGUUUAAACACUUGACGUCAUCACACUGUGGAUUUCUGUUUUUUAGUAUUACUAACUACAAGCAUUUCAAAAAAAUCUACUUCUACUGUACAUACAUCUUGCAUGUACAUGUUGCAUUUAUAAGAUAGCAAUAGAGACUUCAUCAGUGAAUGUCCCUUAUGUUUAAUGAAGGCUGUGACGGUAAACAGACGGGUGUGAAGUAUUACAAUCCCUCGAGGGGCCUUAAUAACAGUUUUUAAGAGCUCUUACAGUGAGUUUACACCUCUGCUUACAGCAGUAAUCAAAGCUAACUGUACAGUUUCUGUGUUAUUAUCUUUGUAAAUUAAAGGACGAUGUGGUGAGUUUUUAAAAUAA